AUUGUCAUCCACUGCUCAACGGUGUGAGCGUGUGCACGAUGAAGCACAUGAUAGCGUUGCAGCUUUUACCCUACGUUCUCUUCCUAACGGUCUUGCUAGCCAUGUCGGCGACCAGCCACGCGGCGGCCCUGCGUCUCGACCUCACGCACGCCGACAGCGGCCGCGGCUUCACCAGGGGCGAGCUCCUCCGCCGGAUGGCCGCUCGGUCACGUGCCCGCAUAAACAGCCGGUGGUCACCACCCGGCCGUGGCGCCAACGCCCACGCGGUGACGGUGCCCGCGGCCCGCGGCACCGUCGGCAAAGAGGACUUUAACUCCGAGUACCUCAUCCACUUUGGCAUCGGCACGCCGCGCCCGCAGCAUGUGGCGCUGACGCUCGACACCGGCAGCGACCUCAUCUGGACGCAGUGCUUCUGCCAGGUCUGCUUCCCGCAGCCGUUCCCAGAGCUGGACACCUCCGCCUCCGGCACAGCCCACGGCGUCUCCUGCUUCGACCCCCUGUGCGCGCAGGGGGGCUUCUCGCUCUCCGGGUGCGCCGUCGGCGACAACUCCUGCUUCUACACCGACUCCUACGGUGACAACUCGGUCACGACGGGGAAGCUGUACGAAGACACCUUCACCUUCCAACAGGCGCCCAACGGCAAGGCCGCCGUCGUGCCCAACCUCCGCUUUGGUUGCGGCAUGUUCAACACCGGCAACUUCGGAUCAAACGAGUCCGGCAUCGCCGGCUUCGGCCGCGGGGCAUUGUCUCUGCCGUCACAACUCAAGAUCGGCAGGUUCUCCCACUGCUUCACCACCAUCGUGGAGUCCAGGCCCAGCCCCGCGUUCCUGGGCACGCCGGACAACCUCGAAGCGCAUUCCACGGGGCCCAUCCAAUCCACGCCGUUGGUGCGAAACCCCGAAUCCAAUCACUACUACCUUUCGCUCAAGGGCAUCACCGUGGGCAAGAGGCGGCUGCCGUUCGACGCGUCGGCGUUCGCGCUCAAGGGCGACGGCUCCGGCGGGACGAUCAUCGACUCCGGCUCGGCCCUGACGAGCGUCCCGGAGGCCGUGUACCAGAGCCUCGUGGAGGCGUUCGAGUCGCAGGUGCCGCUGCCUGUCAACAAAAACAACACCGACGAGCACGAUGGCUUGCUGUGCUUCACCGUCUCGCCGAAGAAGAAGGAGACCGCCAUGCCGAAGCUGAUCCUCCACCUGGAGGGCGCGGAGUGGGAGCUUCCACGGGAGAACUACGUGCUGUACACCGAGGAGGACGGGCUGUGCGUGGUGAUAAGUUCCGCGGGCGAGGACAGCAGGUCGCUCAUCGGCAACUUCCAGCAGCAGAACACGCACAUCAUCUACGACCUGGAGCACAAUAUGUUGGUGUUCGUGCCCGCGCGCUGCGACAAGCUGUGAUACGGAUAUGGCAACACGUGUAUUGUGUAUCGUUCUACGUACGUACGUACGUAUGUACUGGUCACAUUGUUUAUCGAUACUACUAAGAACGCGUGAAAAGGAACACCCGUUCUCUAUGUACUAGUGCUAAAUAAACAAGGUGAGAAACUAUGAAAAGUAUUUGUUUA